AUGCCUCCGGCACCGCUGGAGGCGUCCAAUAACUCCUCCGGCACCGCCUGCGACGUAUCUGAGAUGGGCACACCGACGAAUGGGGAAAAUCAUACCUUCAGAGUGGUCUGCUUACAUAUGUUCACUCUGGAUUUCCUGAAUCAAGUGAUAAUUAACUUUGAAAGGGACUGCAUUUACCAGCUCGCCGAGAAGAAAAUUCCCUCUAUCCAUGGAUCCAAUGUUGGAUUUAAGCUAGAACAAUUUGUCUUCUAUGCAUUUGCAUAUGCUCCAUCUAUGGCACUUUUUGAGAUUUUGAGGGAGGAGGAAUUUGCACCAAUCAAGAAUGCAAAUGGGGCCAGUUAUGACACUCCUGACAGUGCCAAACUGAUGCUUCUUCGCCUCCACAGUCGUUGGGUAGUUGCCUCUGUACUUAACUGCCAUUGUCAUAUUUCCCUUUCAGUUGUCGAAAUCUCUCCACUUUGCUCCAAUGCUGGGGAGAACCUCGAAGCCAUAUGCCAUGGCAGGACCUUCCAUGCACCUUGUGAGAUCACCAACUAG